GUGUGUGUGUGUGUGUGUGAGAGAGAGAGAGAGAGAGAGAGAGAGAAAAGAAAAGAUACGUAAGAUAAGGUGUGGUCAGGUGUGUGUCAGGUGUGUAUACUGAUGACUUUUGUCCUCAGCAAUAGCACAGCUACACACACACACACACACCUCUGUAUCUGUGGACUUUAAUCAUAUUCUCUGAGUUUACUUCCUGAUCUGCAGCUGAUCAUUUUAAGGAGCUGUGGGAAGAAAGACGACUAUAGCAAAGCCACUACUGAGACUCACAACAGGGUGAUGAUGUUCAACACCUAUGCAGACUCAUUACAGUCCAAUUACUCUUUAGGUGAAACAUCCUCACAGAGCUCCAGUAUAUCACGACCCAGUGCUAAAGCAAUCUAUAUACGCAGGAAGGAAUAUGCCGAGUCCAUCAACAAACAGCUGGCCAAGUUUCAGUACAGAGUAGAGCACCUGUUCACAUGUGAGCUGGAUGGUGUGGAGGUCUCAGGACUGCAGGACUGUGUGGAGCGUCUGAAACUGUUAGAAAUGAUGGGACGAGUGUGGGGACAGGAAAUGAGCCUGGAGGUGGACAAUGGGAAUUUACUGCUGAGAGACAUUGAGACACAGGAGGAGUUGGACUGUGUUCCUCUGCUCAGUGUGGCGGAGGUGAACGCCGAGUUGGACAUGUGUGUGUUUAAUUCUCUGCUGAUGAUCUCGGUGUGUGAGGGACCUGUUAUCAGUGUCUUCAUGUUCCAGUGCGACUCUUUAAGAGCUGAUUAUAUAAAGCGAGAUCUGGACAGAGUUUUACAGAACAACAACAUCACAAACAACAACAGGGGAAGAAGCAGGACACAGAUGAAGACAACCACCACACACACACUCUCUCCUCCGGAACAGAAGGAAUGGAUUCACACACACUCCCCUCCCAAAGAAUGGAUCAUUCCAGAUUACGAUCAGACUCCGCCUCAAACUCCACCCAAUGGCAGACAAGAGCCAGUCUACAAUAGACCAGAGCUACUGACUCCGCACUCUCACUUAGAUGACACAGCGAUACACCCGAGCCCUCCUCCUGCCCCUAGCACCCCCCCCUACACACAAAGAGACAGGAACGUGGACAUCCUAAAUCACCUCAUUAAUGACAUUGAGCAGUUUGUGGCUCUCGUCCUUGCUGCAGCACCAAAUAUUGACAAGAAGAAGAAAAAGAAAAAGAAAAAUCAAAAAGGAUUGCCCUCGGCCGAGAAAUUUAAAAUUUGCCUGCAGAAAAUCAAAAUGGCCUUUAAUCUACUAGCAGUAAUAAAUGGGCAGAUUCAGUCCCCCAGUGCUCCAGAACUUGUACACUGUCUCUUCUCUACACUGGAAGUGGUUGUGAGUCGGUGUGCAGAUGAUCUCCCUGCAUGUGUAGUUGCACCAUUGUUGGAGCCUGAAUGUGUACGUUUUCUGAGUGAGGAGGCAACACAGAAGGAAGACCAGUUAUGGCAGUCACUAGGAGAUGCCUGGAACAUCCCUAGUACUCAGUGGCCAGAGGAUGAUGAUGAGAUUCCAACCUUCACUCCAGUGUUUGAUGAUGGCUGGGAGCCACCAGAGAUCUCACACUCUGAGAGGAAAGUGUUCGACUGUCAGGAGAGCCAGCAGUCCACCGUGGGACAGAGCAAGACAGCACACAUGAGCUCUGAGGACAUGCCACUGAGCUGUAUACAUGUGCUGUAUGACUUCAGAGCGAGAAACGACAGAGAGCUUAGUGUGAGGAAGGGUGAGAUGGUGGAGACUUUGGACAUGUCUAAGCGAUGGUGGAAAGUGAGGAAUGAUCGAGGUGAAGAGGGAUUUGUUCCAAAUAAUGUCCUGAAGUCCACUGAGAACGAAGACACACAGGGGGCAGAACCUAACCCAGUCCUGAACAGGAAGUCUCGGCCAGAGGAAGUGAAGGCUUGGCUAGAGCACAAAGAGUUUAGCAACAUCACUGUGCGCUGUCUCGGGGGUCUCAGUGGUGGGAUGUUGUUGGGGAUGACGUUAGAGGAGUUAAAGGUUGUUUGUCCGGAGGAAGGAAGACGAGUUUAUUACCAACUACAGAACGUCAAAUCGGCAUUAGCUCUUGCCAAAAUGUGAGGCUGCUGAACUGAGAGAUCACAAGGAACCCACAACGAAGAACGAACACACACACACAAGUUGUACUGAUUAUGUACAGGUCCAAAUCUCAUUAUUGUAGGAACUCUAAUUACUUAUACUGCGCUCUGGAGAAGACCUAAGACUCAAGUCAGUGUUUAUUGUCUUUAUACUCAGUAAACUAUAUAUUAACAUUACAAUAAAUAAAUGUUCAAAUUGUGCACACUUUAA